AUGGAACAAAUCAGAUUUCAACUCUUUUCGGCCCAUGCACCCACUAGGUCUUAUUUGAAGGCUGAGGACCUCGAGGUGCACAAAGACUUUAUACAGGGCCUUCAUAAGGCCGGUAGGACACAAAAAGACAUAGUGAAAGAGCUCAAGACUCAGAGGGGAAUUGAUUUACCAAUCCACAAACUGAAGCGUAUGCUCGAUAAAUGGGGGAGCUCCAAGAAAAAUCUUACGAAAAAACGCCGAGUAGAUAUUGCCAAUGCGAUUGAAAAACGACGUCAGCUUGGAAAAGUGACGCACAAGGUUAUCCUCAAACGAUCAAAGAAGGAAAUACCCAAGGAAGAGGUCAUUGGCGUCAACUCGAGCCCUAGAGGGCUUAUCUUCUCUAUCGUUACUCCGAAUGCUGUCCUUGAGGAUGGUCAAGAACGUAAUACUGAGAUCUCCGACGACAUAGAGACGACGAAUCGCUUUACAGAAUCAGAUAUAGAGCCAGAAUGGGAGGAGGAGGAAGGGGAGCCGGAGGAGAUGAAUAACGAAGCUUUAGAGGAUCUUGCUGCGACCUUUAUUAGACUAGGUCUGGAGAACCAAAAUGCACUUAUCGCGGCGCCAGAAGAUCAUGCUGCAUCCCCAUCCAAAACAGAAGAAGACAAGGACAAAGAACUUGAAGAGGUAAUAUCGGCUGGAUUCGGCCAGCUGUAUCCGACAGAUGAGCCUGAAAUACCUUCGGAGGGUCAUCAAGCUGCAAGCACUGGGGAUUCCGAUGCCGUGGGUCAAGAUCGACACGAUGGCGUAGCUGAGGCAGUCAUAAGUCCAGCUCCUGAUGCUCAAGAGCAUGGUAGCCCACUCACCAGAUACGCACGUGAGAAUAGGCACCAUCUUUGGGCUGCCAUUGGCGUAUUGAGAGGUCGUGCAAAGACCUUUCUUGAAGAGGUAAAGUUGGUUGUAGAAGAACGGGGCAUCUCCCUAGCAAAGGCAGCGGCGAUAGUUCGACUUGAAUGGGAGGACAGAAACGGCCAAGAACCACUUCCAUACCACAUCCACAAACAAAUUUUGACCUUUAAUCAAGCUGGAGAAGAAGAAGAGAUGCAUAUGACACCUGGGAUCACCGAAUCCGAAUCCAUCGCGGGUGUGGAUGCCGAUCUUCUGUGUCAGAUUCUCGAAGACAACUUUGCUGCACUUGUUGAGGCGGCCAGUAAGCUUCCCCCUGACAGUUGGAGUAUGGUGAUGUUCAAGAGUUGGACCGUCCACAUUCCUUUCAUUAUAUCCAAGUACGGCUUGUGCCACUAUUUCACAGCCCGCGCUUUAAAUGUGGCUAAAGAUGUCCUAAAUGACCUCAUUGGCGCGCGAAGGGCUGGUGAGAUCAUAAAUCUUUCCUUGCUGUGCGUCUUCGAUAGAAUCGGCAUGGGAACACAUCAGUUUGCAUUGGAUUGUUGGUUGUUAGAAUUCGACCUGGAGCUUGAGCAUCCUGAAUUGAUUUCAGGCGCUAAAAAGGCAUAUGAAAACAAACAAAAGUUGCUUCUCAAAAAGCACGGGCAGAGCCAUCUAAAAACUCUGCGUUUUUUUACCGACCUCGCGUAUGAGAUGGUUCAUUCGAAGGUUCCCGAGACUAGACAGCGUGGGGAAUUGCUGGCGUUUGGCAUCAUUCAAACUCUCAGGGCAACUUAUCGAGUCUAUUCGAGCUACACAAUGAUAUUUAUGUCGUCAUGCUUCCGGUCAUUAGGAUCGCUGUUGCUAAAAUUCAGGAGACCUCAUUUAGCUGCCUCUUUGUUGCUGGAACCCUCGUCUUGGGCAGAGGACCUGACUACUAUUAACCCAACCCAAUCCUGUAGGCAUCUCUUAGGAAGGGCCUACGCUGAUACCGGGAGAUACAAAGAAUCUCUCCACACACUCUUCUUUUGUCUAAACAGCUUUCGCGAUCAAUACGGUAUAAAUCAUUCUUAUACGUGUGAACAAAUACAGGAAAUUACCCGCGUUAUAGAUCUACGAGGCCCAGUCCUCUACAACUAUCUCGAUUCUACCCUCGAUAAGCUACUGCAGUCCUUUGAAAGAGCUGGAAAAGCUAAGAGCCGUGCUUACCAGGAACUCUGGAAGGCUAGAAAACGUGGUGGCUUUGACCUUGAGGGAUACGCCAAUAUUUUGGCACAUAGUGGGAAUUCCGACUCACAAGAUUAUUGGUAUUCUCAGGGUUUGCAGAGUUGGUUAUUUCACCAAGAUCAAGAUUUGCGGUUUGGAGCCAACAACGGAGGGUGGGUUGAAGAGAUGGAAAUGUUUGGCGAUUAA